UGACAGGGAUACCCUAGGCAGGCCCCGCCUCCCUACGUUGAUGUCACUAGGAAGGGACUGUACAGGCAGGCAGCCUAUAUAAAGUCCCAACCGCGUUGCUAGCGAGCAUAUUACGCCAUGACUUCGGCUGUACCCUUGUUAAGCAGGUGGUGUAGGGCGACCCUCACUGCUGGGAAGAAGCUGACUCAUAUCGCAGAGCCGGCUUCCUGCAAAGGCGUCUGGCGUCAAUGUGUUCGUACUUUGGCUGCGCUUUCAAAUGGACCGGAGCCGGGCGACAUGCGGGGUUACUUGAAUUCUAACUACAAGGAGGUGAAACAGAGCAUCAAUGAAGAACUCGCCCCUUCAAUUUCAAGCAAUUUGCUGAAUCCAUAUGCCAUCUUUGCCAACAACGAAAUGAGUCUGGAGGAUAUAGAGGUUUAUGGCUUUGAUUAUGAUUAUACCUUGGCUUUCUACUCCAAAGACCUUCAUACAUUGAUUUUCAACACUGCUAGAGAUCUUCUAAUCAACGAGCAUCGGUAUCCUAAAGAAAUAAAGAGGUUUGAAUAUGAUCCAAACUUUGCAAUCCGUGGCCUUCAUUAUGAUGUUCAUAAGGCCUUGUUAAUGAAGAUUGAUUCAUUUCAUUAUAUUCAAUUAGGAACAGUGUAUCGAGGAUUAAAUGUUGUACCAGACUCAGAAGUCAUUGAAAUGUAUGAAGGAUCCCAUGUUCCACUGGAACAGAUGAGCGACUUUUAUGGAAAGAGCUCAGAAGGGAAUACACUGAAGCAGUUCAUGGAUAUAUUCUCAUUACCAGAGAUGACUCUUCUUUCCUGUGUUAAUGAGUACUUUCUGAAAAACAACAUUGAUUAUGAGCCAGUCCACCUGUACAAAGAUGUAAAGGAAGCCAUAAGAGAUGUUCAUGUAAAAGGAAUAUUAUACAGAGCCGUUGAAGCUGACAUCGAAAGGUAUAUUUGCUAUGGAGAAAGAACUCAAGCCGUUUUGUCAAAAUUGUCAAAUCAUGGGAAGAAAAUGUUUCUAAUCACAAACAGCCCCAGCAGUUUUGUGAACAAAGGAAUGAAUUUCAUUGUUGGUAAAGACUGGCGGGAUCUCUUUGAUGUGGUUAUUGUUCAAGCUGACAAACCGAAUUUCUUCAAUGACAAGAGAAGGCCCUUUCGUAAGGUUGCAGAAAGAGGAGUUCUGUUGUGGGAUAAAAUUCACCAACUUGAAAAAGGCCAAACGUACAAGCAGGGUAAUUUGUUUGAAUUUCUUAAGCUUACUGGAUGGAGAGGGUCAAAGGUCUUGUAUUUUGGAGAUCAUAUAUACAGUGAUUUAGCGGAUCUGACUCUAAAACAUGGAUGGAGGACAGGUGCCAUUAUCCCAGAGUUAAAAUCAGAGCUUAAAAUCAUGAACACCUCUCAUUACAUUAAAACCAUGGCUUGGCUUCAAGGUCUAACCGGCCUGCUUGAACGAAUGCAGGUGUACAGGGAUGCGGAAUCACAAAUGGUUCUACAGGACUGGAUCAAAGAAAGACAAGAGAUGAGAGAUUUGGCAAGGACGAUGUUUAACCGACAGUUUGGAAGCAUAUUCAGGACUAACCAUAAUCCAACCUAUUUCCUGAGGCGCUUGUCCCGCUUUGCUGAUAUUUACAUGGAAUCUUUAAGUUCCCUUUUGAAUUAUGACCUGCACCACACUUUCUUUCCUAAAAGGACUCCAUUACAACACGAACUUCCGGUGUUUUCAGAGCAGCAGUACACUGCCACACUCAGGACCCCUCUUGGUAGGGAAAUGGCUCAGAUAAAGUGAUUGUCAUUUAGAAGGAUGCACUACGGUCUGCACACUAAAUGAAGGAUGGUUCCCUCCUGCCUUCUCUUGUGUCUUUCCUUAUUUAAACUGUCCGGCACUACAUUCUCAGCUGUUCAAUUGAAUCAUUGUUGUAUUGAUCGACCUGGAGAAAUGAUGAUUCUCCUUGAUACGGAUUCAACGUCGUUUGUGCGAACAGUAAGUGUUUGAGACAUUUGUCGCACUUUGUAUAUUGCACUUGAAUGUCUGCAAAAUCUAUUUUGUUUUAAUUUUUUUUCUCAUACAACAGACUUUGUUGUGUAUUUUAAAACUUGUUAAUGCAACUCUAUCUUUCAAUGUGCUCUAUUAUAUUUGUUGAAAGCUUUUUUUUUUUUUUUCAUGAUGGUUUUGCUUUCUGAGAUCAUAAUGUUCAUACAUUUCCCUGUGUAGAAAUAAGUGCACAAAUGGUUAGUGCUAUACAGGUAACUCUAAAUCAUGAUCAUUGCUUUCUUUUUGUUUUACACCACUCCCAAACAGUCUUUAUUAUUUAUCACUCUACAACCCCCCCACCACACUUUUUUUUUUAAAUAAGAGUUUUAUGCAUAUUUCCUUCUGUGCUUAGAAAAUUCACUUUUUUGUACUGUUUGUACAUUCUUCUUUGCUGUUUUUUUUUUUUAAGCCAGUUGUGUUUUCCAUGAGUUAUACAGUGAGCAUCAAUGCAGUCUAAGGCAAACAGCAGUAAGUUUGUAUUUAUUAGUUUGUACCAUUCAGUUGAAAACAACCCUGUAAUUAAAUUGUCAUUGUGUGA